UCAUCCCGUUUCUCAAACCCUCAUUUUCUUCUUCUUUUUCAACUCUGUUUCUCUAACACUUCAAUGGCAAUCUCUGCCUCAGCAGCAACCACUGUAUCCUCCACUGCACCAAAACUCUCUUACCCUUACGCCUCUCCUUCUAACUCUUUACCCACCACCGCCCCUUUCCGUACAAAACUAAUCCCAACCCCCCUCUCCUCUUCCUUCCUUCCCCCUUUCCCCACUACCACCUCCUCUUCUACAACCACCACCACACGCCGCCGUUCCUUCGUCGUCCGCGCUGCUCGUGGUAAAUUCGAGCGGAAGAAACCCCAUGUCAACAUUGGUACUAUCGGCCAUGUCGACCAUGGCAAGACUACUCUCACCGCCGCUUUAACCAUGGCCUUAGCCGCUUUGGGUAACAGUGCCCCCAAAAAAUACGAUGAAAUCGAUGCUGCCCCCGAGGAACGUGCGCGUGGUAUCACCAUCAAUACCGCAACGGUGGAGUACGAGACGGAGAACCGCCAUUAUGCCCACGUGGACUGCCCCGGACACGCUGAUUACGUGAAGAACAUGAUUACGGGUGCCGCCCAGAUGGACGGUGCGAUUUUGGUGGUGUCUGGUGCUGAUGGUCCCAUGCCUCAGACCAAAGAACAUAUUUUGUUGGCGAAGCAAGUGGGUGUGCCUAAUAUGGUUGUGUUUUUGAACAAGCAGGACCAAGUUGAUGAUGAAGAGCUCUUGCAGCUUGUGGAUUUGGAGGUUCGUGAGUUGCUUUCUUCUUAUGAAUUUCCUGGUGAUGAUGUACCUAUUAUUUCUGGUUCUGCGCUUUUAGCCUUAGAGGCUUUGAUGGCUAAUCCUGCUAUUAAGAGAGGAGAGAAUCAAUGGGUUGAUAAGAUUUAUGAACUUAUGGAUUCUGUAGAUAGCUAUAUUCCUAUCCCGCAAAGACAAACUGAUUUACCCUUUUUGUUAGCCAUUGAAGAUGUGUUUUCUAUCACUGGUCGCGGUACUGUGGCCACUGGCCGUGUUGAGAGGGGUAAAGUUAAGGUGGGAGAAACAGUUGAAAUUGUUGGGUUGAAAGAAACUAGAAACACUACUGUAACUGGGGUUGAAAUGUUUCAGAAGAUUCUUGAUGAGGCAAUGGCCGGGGACAAUGUAGGUUUGUUGCUUAGGGGUGUUCAGAAGGCUGAUAUUCAGAGAGGAAUGGUGCUGGCUAAGCCAGGAACAAUUACCCCACAUACUAAGUUUUCUGCCAUUGUCUAUGUGUUGAAGAAGGAAGAGGGUGGUAGGCACUCACCAUUCUUCGCAGGUUAUAGACCUCAAUUUUACAUGAGGACUACUGAUGUGACUGGGAAAGUCACUUCUAUUAUGAACGAUAAGGACGAGGAGUCUAAGAUGGUUAUGCCCGGUGACCGUGUCAAGAUGGUUGUGGAGCUCAUUGUGCCUGUGGCUUGUGAGCAAGGAAUGAGAUUUGCUAUCAGAGAAGGAGGCAAGACUGUCGGAGCAGGUGUAAUUCAGUCUAUAAUUGAGUGAUACUUAGAAGCUUUGUAGUGGGUGGAAUGAUCUACGCUUAUGAGUGGUGUUGAACUUUAUAUUCUCAAGUUUAUGCAAUUAGUUUCACCAUUGUAGGAACUUCUUGGAUCGAAUGUCAUAUAAUUUGCAGUUUUGUUCUUAUUUUGCACUGAAGUCAUGCUUAGUCUAGUUGGAUAAUGUUCAUGUGAUAAUUCACUGUCCUCUUUUGUUUUUUUCUUCCUCAAUUGCUUUAGCUAUUGUUGAGUUACUUA